UGGGUUAGCGGCUGGUUCCUCCUCACCGCACCUAUCAUCUUCUGGGAUGCAUCGUACUGCCUUAUGAGGCCGCGUUCGAUGGUCGGGGGCGACCUUCAUUGGAUUUGGGAGCCGUACUCGAUCUACCAGGAGGUUGACUACGUCUACGGCGUCAAGGCGCUUGAGGAGAACAACGGGUUUACGAAUGCGCAAUCCUUCAUGAACAUCGUCGAGACCCUGAUGAACGUCGCCUACGCAUACCUUGCGCACACUGGAUGGGCGCCUGCGCCGGUCUUGGGCAUUGCGGCAGCGACGAUGACGCUUUCCAAGACGGUGCUGUAUUGGCUUGUCGAGUACUACUGCGGCUUCUGUGCGAUUGGGCACAACACGUGGAAGGAUCUGGUGGUCUAUUGGAUCAUUCCUAAUGGAUUCUGGCUGGUGGUUCCGUCUUUGAUUAUCUGGCGUCUUACGAGGGACGUGGCUGCGGCACUCAAGGGCGCG